GUUGUGAGGGCCUGGAGGCGUGGUGAUACACAGAGGCAGCAGGCAGCUCCAUGGCGUGGACUGAGCUGGAGCUCAGGGCAGGGCUCAGAGCUGGGCCACACAGGGCCCUACUACCACUCCUCCUCCAGGGGUUGAUGCUCCUUACCUCCCCUUGCCUUGGUGGUCCCCCACAGCUGGCACGCACCCCUCUGUCACCAGGGCAGCCUUUUCUAGUACUAUGGGGAAUCCCCAACAAGGCGUGUUCUGGACGACCUGACCCAGGAGCCUUUGGGAUGGAGAGAGAGGGCCGCGUGUCCAUGUUUUAUGAGGACACUCUGGGGAAGUACCCCUAUUACACUAACCAGGACCAGCCGGUGAACGGAGGCCUUCCCCAACACACCAGACUGGAUGGACACCUCCAGAAGACAGGGGAGGACCUAGCGGCAGCGCUACCAUCCAUAGGCUACCAGGGCCUGGGGGUACUGCGUUGGGGCCAGUGGUCCCCGCAGUGGGGAAGGAACCGUGAGAAACAGGGCAUCUACCUGGAGGGCUCCAGGGCUCUGCUGAGGACCUUCUUCCCUGACUGGACCACGGAGGAGGUGGAGAAGUGGUCUCAGGUGGACUUUGAGGCAGCGUCCCAGUCCAUCCUCAUGGAGACCCUGUGGGAGGUGAGGAGGCUCCGCCCCGAGGCUCUGUGGGGCGUGACCCCGUACCCCAACUGUUACAACUCCGGCCCCGCCCAGUUGCUGUCCAAUUACACGGGUCGCUGUCCCGCCGCCGAGAUGGCAUUGAACGACGAGCUGCUGUGGCUCUGGAAAUGCUGCUCUGCUCUCUACCCCGCCCUCACACUAGAGAAGCUGCAGGGUGGGACCUCAGGGGCCAGACUGUACACGUCCAAUCAGAUCCGAGAGGCACUGAGAGUGGCAAGCUUGGCCGGGGCCGCCUACGACCUUCCUGUGUUCCCAUUGGUCAGGAGUGUCUAUACAUCGACCAAUACUUUUCUGUCUGAGGUGGACCUGGUCAACACCAUUGGUGAGAGUGCUGCCAUGGGGGCAGCAGGGGUUGUCCUCUGGGAGAAAGAUCAAGGCGUCUUCUCUACAAGGACUCAGAGAGCCUGCUCAGAGCUGGCCACGUUUGUGCGUGAGGUCCUGGGCCUGUACGCCGUCAACGUGACCACAGCCGCACGCCUGUGCGGCGUCUCCCUGUGCCAGGGGCGUGGCCGCUGCGUGCGCCGCAAACCCGAGAGCUCCGCCUACCUGCACUUGCCGCCCUCCAACUUCGUGAUGACGCAGAGGAAGGUGGAGGGGGUACAGGCCACAGGCCAGCUGGACCCUGGCAACCUGGAGGCCUGGAAGAGGGACUUCCAGUGCCAGUGGUAUGAGUCCCUGGAGGGGGCAGCCGCCGACGAGGAGCUCCCCAAGGACAGGGCACAGGGAGCCCUUCCCCCCACCCUGAAUGCCCCCUUGUCGAGUGAGCUGAACCAAGAGACCAGGCCCACCCUCGCUCUGUCAGACCACAGCGGACCAUCACUCACGGCACCUCUCCUCCCUCUACUGCUGGUAUUAGCCACAGCUCUAAGUCUGAACACAGACUUAUGCCUGAACCUCUGACCAACCUGCUGGAUUAUCAGGUCGGGGCUCAGUGGGCUAAAGACACUGUCGUACCAGUGUAUAAGAAAUGUUUGUGGAACAGAAACUCUUGAGAGGUGUUUCUAUUUUGAACAAAGAAUUGUUGUGAACAGAGACUACUAUUCUAUUUGAGACUCUGGAUGUUUUUAUUGUCUAUACAACUAAGAACGUGAAGUAGAUCAAACAAAAAAUCUUUUAUUCAUAGGAUUCGUGGUUAACAUUGUCGUCAUUUCUCGUCAACAGUUGUGUGUAUUCAGUUCCUUCCAUUGCAGUACUGGAUGUUCCUUUUUACAACUCAUUUUUGUUUAUCGGCACACUUUUCCCCCCUUUUUCUGCUUCACGCUACUCAGCUCUACUGCUCACAUGGCCAUGUUGUGACGGACCUGUAAUAUGGUUCACAACUUGGUAUCGUCGAACGAUGUAAACACAUUCUACUGCAGUCAUGUCAAUUGAAAUGACUUCACCCUUACCUUCGUAUUCUUACUG